AUUCACGACAGUCUAGUCCCCUCCCCUCCCCACUCCUCCACCCCCUUCUUCCUCCGCCGGCCGCUCCGCCGAAUCCAACCCAGAUCCUGUUGAUUUUCCCUGAAUUGAUCCGCUCGAAUCCUACCAAGCCGGUGUUGAGAAGCAGUUCUCGUGCCCUUUGGUGAGCGGCAAUGGCGGCGGCAGGGAGACUGCGGGGCAGGCGGCGGGCACAAAAGGAGGUGGAGCGCGAGCCCGAGCCGUUCACCAUCGAGGAGGAGGUGUCCCACCUCACCCGGGUCCGGUCGGAGCCGUGCCCCGGCACCCGCGCCGCCAUCCAUGGCGCCAAGCGGAAGAGGGACGUCUCGGCCUUCGAGAUGCUGUCGUCGAGGGAGUCCGGCCGCUCGGGAGGCGGCGGGUUCUGUUCGGCCGACCGCGCCUACGCCGCCGGGAAGCACCUCCCGUCGGAAGGACCCUGGUGCGUGGAAGACAUGGAUAGCGAGGCCUAUGUCUCGCAGUUCUCCAGCGACGGCUCGAUGCUCGUUGCCGGGUUUCGGGGAAGCCGCAUCAGAAUUUACGAUGUCGAUAAAGGGUGGAAGGUUCAUAAGAACAUAAGCUGCAGAAGUAUGAGGUGGACGGUUUCAGAUAUUGCGCUCUCCCCUGACCAGCGAUAUCUUGCCUAUUCCAGUUUGUCGCCUAUUGUUCACAUUGUUAAUGUGCAGAAUGCUGGAAGGGAAUCGGAUGCUAAUGUUACUGAAAUUCACGAUGGUUUGGAAUUCUGUGAUGACGAUGAAUACUCUUUCGGGAUAUUCUCUGUGAAAUUUUCGAAAGAUGGUAGAGAAGUAGUUGUUGGGAACAAUGAUUGUUCAAUAUAUGUCUAUGAUCUUGGAGCAAAUAAAGUGUCAGACCGUAUCCGUGCUCAUACGUCUGAUGUCAACACGGUCACCUUUGCUGAUGAAAGUGGGAAUUUGUUGUACUCUGGAAGUGAUGAUAAUCUCUGUAAGGUCUGGGAUAGGCGUUGCCUUGUAAGAGAGAAACCAGCUGGUGUUUUGACAGGGCACUUAGAUGGGAUUACAUGUAUUGAUAGCCGUGGUGAUGGGCGUUAUCUAAUCUCCAACUGCAAGGAUCAGACUAUCAAACUUUGGGAUGUCAGAAGGAUGUCCGCCACCGUAAAAGGGCGACAACCAAGAUUAUAUGACUGGGACUACAGAUGGAUGUCGUUCCCAUCACACGCUAGAUAUUAUAAGCAUCCAAAUGAUCUGUCUCUGGCAACAUACAGGGGUCAUUCAGUUCUGCGGACACUUAUCCGCUGCUACUUCUCUCCAAUGCACAGCACGGGCCAGAGGUACAUAUACACUGGAUCAAGUGACGAUUCCGUGCAUAUUUACGAUGUGGUAACCGGGGCGACCGUCAAGAAGCUCUCAUGGCACGGUUCGAUCAUCAGAGACUGCACCUGGCAUCCUUACCGCCCAACGCUUGUAAGCUCUUCCUGGGACGGCUAUCUGGCCCGGUGGGAGGCAUCAGGCGACAACGAGGACCCCUCGGUGCUCACGUGCGACGAGCAGAGGACUAGCCCUUACGACCAGACAUACGGGCUCUCUUUUGCCCUGUAGUAAGUUGCAGAGGACCUGGCGUGACAAGCAGUGCUGAGGCGAGCUCGUGAUGAACCUUGAUGUUGGGUUGUGGCGGUUUAUCAUUGAUGUGCUUAUAUGGCAGUAUAAGCACAAGCAGUUAUGCAUUGUAUGUCUGAGGCAACUUGUGCUCCUCUUGCUGUCACUGAUAGAAAAUAGUGAUGUAAACAAGAUGUAGCCGUUGCUUUUGUAAAUUUGUUUGCAGUUGAUCAGGUGGUGUCAGUGACAAAUUCAUAUGUAACUAUGCAAGUUUUUUUUUUGUUGUUGUUGAGAGAAUUGUAACUAUGCAAGUUAAUAAUGCAUGUGCAUUCUGUUGCCGUA